AUGUCGCCAUCCAAGACCAUCUCCGAGCCUCAUUGGGAGGACGCCGGUGCCAAGAAGCGUGCGUCUCUCGAGGCCAGCCUUCCAAAGGAAUGGCGUGUGCCCUCAGAUCUUCUACCUCACGAGUCCCAAACAGACGUGACAAAUUGGGCAGAAACCUCUGGUUGGUUCACCCCCGAGGAACUGAGCAUUACCAACUCCACAGCCGCGGAGCUUCUGCCCAAGCUUGCGUCUGGUGAAUUAAAAUCCCUUGAUGUCACCAAAGCAUUUUGCAAGCGUGCGGUCGCUGCCCAUCAGCUGGUUAAGACUUGCUUUGAGCGUGCUCUGGCAACUGCACGAGCUCGCGAUGAAGAGCUUGCCCGGACAGGAAAGCCUGUGGGCUCCCUACACGGCCUUCCCAUCUCUCUCAAGGACAACUUCAAGCUGAAGGGUCUCGAUUCCACUGUCGGCAUUGCUGCACAUAUCGAUGACCCUGCAGACUCCGACUCCCCGCUUGCCCAGCUGCUGGAGGCUGCUGGCGCUGUAUUUUAUGUGAAGACCAACGUGCCCACCGCCAUGAUGAUCGCAGAGACGGUCAACAACGUGUUCGGAAGAACCGUGAACCCCAGAAACAGGUUAACAACCAGCGGCGGGAGCUCUGGCGGCGAGUCAUCGCUCAUUGUGCUCAGGGGCAGCCCCCUGGGUGUGGGAUCCGACAUUGGUACAAUCCCCUUUUUCCUUUCCCACUCAAUCAAAAACAUAGUGCUAACUCUAUAUUAUCAAGGCGGGUCUCUCCGUAUUCCAGCUGCUUGUGCUGGUUUGUUCACUAUUCGACCUUCAGCUGGCCGGUUCCCAGUGAGAAACACCAGAUCCGGCAUGCCGGGUCAGGAGGCAGUUCUCUCCGUUAAUGGCCCACUGGCCAACACCAUUGAGGACGUUGAGCUGUAUAGUAAGAGCCUAAUCGGCGAGAAGCCUUGGCUUCGUGAUCCUAAAUGCGUUCCCAUUCCAUGGAGGGAGGUGGAACUGCCCAAGAAACUGAAGAUUGGUGUCAUGUGGCACGACGGCAUGGUGCGCCCGACACCUCCCGUCGCCCGCGCGCUACGAGAAGUCAAGGCGAAGCUCGAGACCGCGGGACACGAGUUUGUUGAGUGGGAUCCAGUUGAUCAAGAGGAAGGAAACGAACUUCUAGGGCGAAUGUUCGUGGCCGACGGUGGCCUGACCAUCAAGAAGGAGCUCGACCGCACGGGUGAGCCUUGGAGGCCCGAGAUGGAAGCCUACUCGGCUGCCAAGGACCUCACCACAAGCGAGAUGUGGAAGCUCCAUCUUGAGCGCUCGGAGUUUCAAGGUCGGUAUCUGGACCGUUGGACCAAGGCUGGUAUUGACGCACUCUUGAUUCCUACCAUCCCAUUUAACACAGUUCGACACGGAGCCUUCAAACAUGUUGGUUACACCGGUGUGUAUAACGUAUUGGACUAUUCCGCAACAUCUUUCGUCACCGGCCUCACCGUCGACAAGUCCAUUGACCAACUGAACGGAUACGAGCCACUUGGUGAUAUUUGCAAGGCAGUCAAUGAGGAUUUGUCAACAGAUGAUGCCGAGUUGAUGCAUGGGCUGCCCAUCAGCCUCCAACUCGUAGCACAGAGGCUGGAGGAGGAAAAGGUGCUUGCAAUGACCAAACAUGUCCUUGAAGUUAUUGCGUAG